AUGAAUGGCCUUAGACUGCCUUCGCAGUGGCGCCCAGUCUUCGCGUCGCUCGACGCCCGGCGGAGUCCGAAUCACUCUUGCCUCCUUCCGAUGGCUGCGCAGCAAUCUCAGAGUAUACAGACCCUCCUUGAGGCCGAGAAGGAAGCCGCAAAAGUCGUCCAGCAGGCCCGUCAAUAUCGGGUCCAGAAACUCAAGGACGCGCACUUACAAGCAACUAAGGAGAUAGAAGAAUACAAGCGCGCCAAGGAGGAACAAAUCAAGGCGUUCGAAGCAUCUCAUGCAGGUAGCACCCAGUCCGCGCAGGCGACAAUUGAUCGGGAGACGCAGGUACAACUCAAGGAGAUUAGCGAGUUAUACUACAAGAACAAGGACGAUGUCGUCCAGAAGCUGCUCGGUCGCGUAGUACUAGUGAAUCCGGAGCUGCACCGCAACCUCAAGAAACAGCCUUGA